UGGUGGCAGCUUGACGAAGUUUUUGGAUUCUGCCGAUUGCGCGCAUUGAAAUUGAACGUGAAAAAUAUGAUUUGUGAUUAAACCAAGAUUCAUUUGGCGGGUGACUUGAGCGUUGAUUUCUUUUUUUAUUUAUAUUUAAAAUCGUUUGUAACAUUGAUGAAUUAUAUAUUCUAUCGAAAAAUUUUAGUUUGAAAGUUUAUUGCCCUUUCUCUCUGGAAACUAGUUUUUGAAAUCUAGCGAGUGCAUUUUUAUAAAAGUGUAAAAUGCGUUCUUUUGUUGUUUUCUAAUUUUAAAAGAUGCGCAGCUUGCUAAAUUUGUUUAGUUUUUGUGCAGUAGCAUAGUUUAAUGUUUUCUACAUCCUUGCUGAUGCAAAGGUUGGUAUAGCUGUCUAAAUGACUCACUCACAAAGUACACAUAGUCCAUCCAAAUCUUCCAAGAUUUGCUCUGUCCUCAGAGUGGAUAAGGAAGUUGAUUUUCUCUUAGAUGAAGAUGACAUAACAUACUUGGCCACUGUACCAACUACGAGAACUAUUGAAGAUUCUCGCAAAAAUUAUUCUAAAAACAGUCUUACUUACAAUCCAUGUAUUUCAUUUCUAGAACCCAGUAUUGAAAAAAAUGAGGUCACUGACAAAAAGAAAAGUAUGUCUUGCUCAUCUAGUUUAUAUACAGGCAAAAAUAAUCCUAAAAAAAGGAAACCAAGUACAAUCACCAACUCUUACGUAAAUAUUGCAAAAAGACUUAAGAGAGACAACAUUCGAAACAAUAAGCCAUCACUUAGAAACAAUGGCUCUCAAUUGGCACGAGUGAAAUUUAAAACAGAACGAAAUAGAUCAUCUGAUCCUGAUGUAAAAAUUAUAAAAGUUUUUACACCCUCCCAAUCAAGAUCUAGUGUUAGUGGGAAAAGAGUAGUAGGUCUCAAGAAUGGCAUUAGAGGUAAAACUAUAGUGACAAAGUUUAAUAAUAACUUGUUCAAGCAAAAGCCUGCUGUCAAACAAGUACCACAGGUGAAUUGUAAGCCUUUUUCACUCGCUGAUGAUGGAAAUUCCAUAAAUGAAGCUGAUACUGCUCCUCUAAUAGGACCAGAAUUAUAUUCAGAUAUGUGCUCAAAUGAAGCUGUCUGUGAUGUAUCAAGUAGCCCUCAAAACAAGUGGCUUUCGACCAAUGGAUCAACCGAUGUCUCCCUUUUUCCAAAUGGGAAUUCUGGCAUCGAAGAAUCUCCAACGAGUAGCUCUGAUAAAAGUGAUGGCUCCUUUGAGACAAAAACUAUUGUGAGCAGGAGAAAGCCCAGAGAAAUAGACCAAUUGUAUGCGAAUUUGAAUGAAAUCUCAUGGGCUCAUGAGCAUGAUUUCAAGAAGUUGCUGAAUAAUGAUGAGAUGAAGAAUACUCGAAAAGCAACUGCAAUUUCCCUUGGGACAAAUCAGGGAAGAAUAUUGAGAAAUAUACAAGAGUUGAAAGCUAAGAAUCGGAAUGUGAAGAAAGUUGCGAGACCAAAGGGCAAACUAAACCGUGUUCUGAAAGCUAAGCAAAGCAUUCAGAAUAAAAAUGUAUUGUUGAAUAAUAUUCAGCAACGAAAUAGCAGUAGCAUGGUUAAACAUGCAGAUAAGAUAAAGAAAAGAAUUUAUCAAGAUAUCAAAAUGAAAGCUAAAAACGACAAAGUUCCUUCAGCUAAAUCAAAGCUAAACAAGUCUUUAAAGACCAAUGGUCCCAAAAAGAUUGCUAAAAAAACCAAUGCUGCCUUAAAACCUAAGUUUAGGCAGGGCGUGAAAGUUAAGAUGGGUGCUGGUGUUAAGAAAAAUAAAAUCUUAAAAACUACAGUUAAUGGCACCAAUAAAAAAGCUCAGUGUCUUACGAAAAUGAAAGACAUCAAACCGAAAGUACCUGCUGUAAAAACUAAAUUACUUAAUUCUAAGGUGGCCUUAAAGCAAGCCAUGUCUACCAAUUUAAUGCUUCAAAAGAAAGAAAUGCCCGAAUCUUCUGGUGUUAGUUUGCAAAAGUUCAACAAAAAAAAUUGUACAAAAUCAGAAACUUGUACUGUUUCAAGUAACAAAACUACAGUUAUAAAAAGUGCCAUAAAAAAGUUCGAGCAAGUUGAAAUUUCAAAUCAGAUUGAUUUAUUCAAACGUUUUCUGGGUGAAGAUUCUAACUUAUUUUCAGCCUUGCAACAAGGCUCCAAGUUACGUGUAUCUUUGGAACCUCUUGAGCACACAAGUCAUUGGAAUUCAACCUUUUAUGAAGAAUUUAAAAAUCAAGUUCUUACUCAAGCUUUUUGCAAAACUUUAGAGAUGGAAAAUCAAGAUUCUCUUCAUAGCAUGUUUCGAAAUCUAGAUGAAGUAAUUUUUAAUCAGAAAAAUGAUGAUAAAAUGUCAAAGAAACGAAAAACAGAAGAAGAAAGCUUAAGAUCCAGUGUGAGACAAAUUGAAGGAUCAUAUCGUUAUAAAGAAAUUGUUGUAAAGAGGCACAAAUGUUACUUGCAAGUUGUUAUUGUUCCAAAUGUCAGCAAAAGAAACUGUUUGUCUAUUGAGACCAUGAAAGAAUUGAAAGAAGCAUUUUUACUUGCAAAGAAAGAUUCAACAUUGCGAGCUGUAUUGUUGAGCAGUAGCGGUCCUUAUUUUUGUGGAGGCAUUGACUUGUCGCAGUUAAUUGGAGAUUAUAAAAGACAAAUGGCAGAAGAAAUGUCCUUAGUUAUGAGGGACCUUAUUCUAGCUAUAUCAUCUGUUUCUAAACCAAUUAUAGCCGCAGUGAAUGGAUGUACAAUUGGUUUUGGUGUGGCAAUCCUGGCAUUAUGUGAUAUUGUGUUAGCAAGUGACAAAGCAACCUUUUGUAUACCUGCUACAAAACUUGGGUAUGUGCCUGAAGGAGGUUUAAGUUUGACAUUGCCACAAGUUAUUGGUUCUGGGAGGGCAUGUGAAUUACUGUUGCAAGGAAGACGUUUCACUGCAGCGCAGGGACUUAGUUACGGUUUUGUUUCAGAAAUAAUGUGGCCUACAAGGCUGAUGAAUGACCUCAUACCUAGAUUAGACAAUCUUCUUUCUCACCCACCUCAGGCGAUGGAAGCCACCAAGUCGAUGGUACGCAGCCACCUUUGGGACAAGCUGAAGGCUCAAAUCGAGAAGGAAUGGCGAAUGCUUCCCCCGCUCUGGCUUAGCGCCGAAUGUCAGAAUAACAUGAAGAAAAUGUUAAAGACAGGAUGGCUCGAUGACUGAAUAUUCGCACGAUUAUCUUUCCUCCUCUUUUUUGAAAUAUGUAUUUUGAAUAAUAAAAUAUUUAGUUUUCGUAAGUA